CACGGGAUGGUAUCACAGCUUUCGAUAGUUCUGUUUCUUGAGAAAUUGUGGGGGAAAAACGUCAAGUAAUAACAUAAAACUUAUUUUGCCUUUAAAUAGACGGUUAUUCAUUAUUUGCAUAUAAAAUGCGUUUUUAGAACAAAAAUCACCUUUCAUGCUGACUUUCCUAUUCGGUAAACGGAACCAUGUAGAGUCUAGGCAGCAGCAUCAAGCUGAACCCUUUGGAUUAACAAAUAUUUCACUAUUGAUACUUUAAAAUGAUUAUGCACAUCCUUUGUUCUUUGAAAAAUUCAAUUUGUAGCCACUUGCAUUCAUAAAUUAGACGCUUAGAGUCGCCGUCAGUCAUGGCGGACACAAGUUGGAAAGGUUUCUUGUGCAAUACUAGCUUACACGGUGCUCGCUACCUUACAGAGAAUAACUUCCUCCGAAGAGCUUUCUGGUUGUUUGUGGUUUUAGCAGGGUUUGCUGGCUUUAUUUACCAGUCUUUUCUUUCGAUUACUUCGUUUUACAGUUGGCCCGUAUCAACUGUGAUGAUGACGGAAUGGCACAAAGAGAUGAACUUUCCAGCAGUUACAAUAUGCAACUUCAACCCUAUCAGCAAGUCAAGAUAUGCUCAAAAUUAUGGGAAUCUUUUCAAUUUAUCAACUCAAGAUUCGAAUAAUAUAAUAAAUGGAAUCAUCUUCCUAAUGUCAGCCCCUCGGGAUAGUUCUCAGAAAUCGAAAUUUUCACAAUUUCCGAUAGAUAACUACACACAAAGAGGGCCUAUGCUGGGUAAGUCCUUGCGUUCGUACGCACAUUCCAUCGAUGGGAUUCUCUCGCUAAAAUGGCUAGAACCUUGCAAAUACAGCGGCAAAGAGUGUGGCAAGAAUAGCUUUUCUACAUUUGAACACCUUCGAUAUGGAUCUUGCCAUACGUUCAAUUCGGAUGGCCAGUUUGGGCUAAAAGUAGACAGUAUUGGGCCAAUCAGUGGAUUGCAAUUGCGUUUAAAUGUCGAGGAGAAAGACCAUGUCAGUAAUUUAUAUGGACUUCAAGCGGGCUUCAAAGUUCUUGUUCACGACCCUCGAGAGCACCCGAUGAUAGAAGAGACCGGAUUUGCUUUACAGCCGGGAACGCAUACAUUCUGCUCAGUCAGGAUGAAGAAGUACGUCAACCUGAAGGCACCAUAUCGCACCGAAUGCGGAGAGAACAUUACUGACUUCAACCGAUACUUCAAUGUGAACUAUACCAUGGCAAUCUGUAGCAAGCAGUGUCUCCAUGACUACGGGAUAAAAAAAUGCGGCUGCCAGCCAAUCUUUGAAAUCACAAAGGAUGUGCCGCUGUGCUCUUUAAACGACACAUUUGAGUGCAUCUACCCAACAUAUAAUGGGCCCUAUCCACGGGAGGCGGCAGAAUGCUUCAAAAAGUCAUGCCCUGUACCGUGUUACUACACCAAGUACGAGACCAAGCUUUCUUACGCGUCGGCUAUAAGUAACGCCAUCGCAAGAGACAUUCCAACAUACCUACUACCAAAUGGAAGCGAGUUUGACGACAUAGAAAAGAUGACAGAGGGGGAACGAAAAACGUUUUUCAGGGAAAAUGUUGCCUCACUUGACGUCUACUUCGAGGAGCUCAGUUAUGACUUGAUUGAGCAGAAACCCUCGUUUGACAGAUGGUCGCUUAUAGCGAUGAUCGGAGGUUACCUCGGUCUGUUCCUGGGUAUGAGUCUGCUAACAGUCCUGGAGUUCUUUGAUCUUCUUGUGAUGAAGUUUCUCAACAGGAUUUCUUCCAAUAAGAAGGGUGUCAACACCGUUACAGUAGAACCGCAAGAAUCACAGAAUACGUUUGCUUUUAAACAAGGACCUACGGUAUAAAAGGCGCGCGCGUCUGUCACGCAGGAAUAAGUUGAACAUGUAGUGAAGACAUAUUUAGCAUCUAGAAAUUAUAUACUGAUCGGCUGUCAGCAUAUUUAAGUCCACGGAACGACUGAAAGUAUUUUGUUUAGUUAACCUAUCGCGUUUGACAGGGAAAUAUAAAACGCUCGCAUGGAAAUUGCUUAGUCAAGCAGUUCAUAUUUUUAGCAGAUUGACCUUUUGCUCGGGAAACUUAUAGGCGUACCGCGUUCCUUUUCAAGUGGUACUGGAGAACAGAGGUUUGAGCAUUUGCUUUAGUCCUGUAUCCGUUAACUACAUAAGGAAAGUUAAGUCUGAGUUCACACAAGGUUUACCCUAAGAGUUUGUGUGCAAAAAUGAUUAGAAUGCUGUCAAUCAUAUUAAUCACGUGUGUAGCUUGCCAUGCGCACUAGCAAGCUAGCAGUUAGUGUGUGACAUGUAAACAUUACGUGAGUCACGGUAGCCCAAGGGUAACAAACCGACACACCCAUGGGGGGUAAAUCGUUCCUCGAACGCCCAUUGGCUGAAGCCUUAUCUAAACAGAGCUUACAGCUUUCCAUGGGUGUCAGUGUCGGAUUACCUAAGGGACGACGUCUUAGGAGCAUAUAAAUAUGGGUACGUACCGAAGCCCCAUUACACUAAAUACUUGAAGAGACACUUGUAAGGCACUCUCACAAACGAACUUGAAGAAACACACAUGUGAAAACAAUUGCAAGACUCACAGUAACACUGUACAUGUGUUACUGUAUAUAACACAUAUAUCACAUAUGAGAAUAAACAAAUAUAUUAAAGACAUUGUAACAGCGAAUAAGUAAAAACCGGUACCUCCCCCAGGUAAGUGGGUCAUAGUCGUUCGGUUACAUGUGGUUAGAGAACCAAAAAUAAUAGCGGUUACAUCAUCACGUCAUUCUCGCUAGACUUUGUCGAGUACAGAACUCCA